GCAGCGGCCAGUCACCGCGCCCGGCACGCGCGCGACUGAUCCGAAAUCACCAGCGCACUGACCUAUAUCGAACGCGCGUUCUUUUUUCGAAAUUCAAAUUCGAAGUUGUUUUUUUUAGUGUCAAUGACAAUAGUGGCCAGAUUUAGGUGCUGAUCUCGAUGCAGCAUUGCUCGAUUUGAGUUUCACAGUUUUCCCGCCAACGAACUGUUUGAUCACAAAAAUAUCGAUGGAGCCUACGAUGCAGCAGUAAGGUGUCGUCAGCAAUGCGCGAGCCCGAGGCGAGCGGCGCAGGCGGCGCGGGCUAGCAUGGCCGCCGCGCUGCUGCUGCUGUGGGUCACCGCCGCGGCGGGCGCGCGCCUCGGCGAGCUGGCGCGUCGCGAUACCGGCGACGUGUUCACGAUCACUGGCGAAGAGUGCAGCCCGGCGCAAUGUGCAGAACACGGCGCCGGCAUGGGCAGCGCCAGCGCGGGCGCGGGCGAGUGCGCGUGCGUCUGUCCGCAGCGCGCGCCGCUCUUCAGGGAGGACAGGGAGCUGUGCGUCGACGACCUGCCCGAAUGUUCCCUGGCUACGUUCGGGACAGGCUCCGGGCUGCAGCGGAUACCGUUCGUGUAUCUGCCGUUGAAAGGCCAGAUCAUACACCCGUCUAAGGAGAUUACCUUUCAAAAUGUGAAAACGCCAAUAUGUGCCGUGUCUGGCGCUCAGUUCCUCACCCGCAAGGGUUUCCUCGACCUACGGAACACCUUGGACGCGGACGUGCCAUUUAACCUGUUCAGGGAUGAAGGCAGGACGUUUCUUCAGUGGAGCGGAGAAGACGACGUGCGCACGCGCAUGUCAGGCCGAGUGAUGGUGGUGCGGCUGCUGUGUCGAGACGUGGCGGCGGCACCCGCGUCUCCCCUGGACCUACGAGGCGUGUUCACACCCUGUGUGGCCUUUAGGGUCCAGGGCACACCGCCUAGACACUCUUCCAAUGUAACAGAAGUGCAGUUCACUCCUGACGCGCAGACUUCAGAAGCAUCCAACUCCUCUGGUCUCUCCGUGACAGAAUACGUUGCGAUCGGCAUUAGCUCACUGCUACUGGGACUCAUAUACGUUGCGUCAGUUUUUCUAUACCUCCACAUACGAAAACGACGACGAGCAGCUUCAGAAGAAGGCAGCACGAAAAGACUCAAAGGUCUGAUGAAGAAAGAUGGAUCGAUCAUCACAGAAAGAGAUAUAAUAAGAGUCAACAAUGAACGUGCCCAAGCAUUGGCUAAUAGUAUGGGACAAGACGAUGGGAUCGUCAAGAAAAAUCCAUUGAUGGGUUUGAGCAGGCAGUUCCAUGACGCCAAAAGUUUCCCAAGUGACUCUGGAAGCAAUGUUUCGGAUUCUGAAGAUUUUGCUGAGAGCAGUGCAAGAAGCGAUGACCAUAACUUGUACAAUAAUCAAGUAACAUCAGCAGUCGUUCAUCUUUAUCACGCCGAAAUUAGGCGUCAGAAUGAUGGAGAAGUAAAUCACCGCGAUGAGUCCAGCAUCGAACGUUUGCCCGAUGAGCAUGUCUCCAUAGUGGAGACCACAGACGACCGGGAGAUCGCCAGACCAGUCGGCACCACCAGACGCAAGUUGUACUUCAAUCCAGCUUACUUUGAGCCACAGCUAAUGGCGGAACCCCCGCCGGCCGCUUUAGAAUUUCUAGUAAAAAUCAGAGAAGUGAUUUCGAUUGCGAAACACAAGAUGGCAGCGAAACGAUUCCAACCAGUCCUGAAUGAAAUACCUGAAGAGGAGACAUAUCCUUCAUCCAACGGUAAUAGCUUGGACCUUUACCAAGGUCUUGGAAGCCAAAGAAGUGGUAGUGUUGUAAGUCUUAAGAGAGAAAAUAGCAGGAAGAAGAGCUGUGUUGGAUGUCCAGGUUGCAAAUCUAAUAGUGAACAUGAUAUCCAGAAUUUCUUAAAGUACGAAAUGACAGCAUGUUCAAAUUGCCUCCAUAAGAGAGGCGAUAAACAGAACAGUAUUCGUCAAUGGUUAGAGAAUAUACCGAGCGGGAAGCAACAGUCAGGGUACAACGACCUGACUACGAAUCAAAAUAAUUUAGCCAACUCCCUUCUUUCACUACCUGAUCACAGAAAUAAAAUACGAAAACAAAACAGUUUUACAGCAUCAAACUCUUUAUACAUGCGAGAUUUUUCCAUCCCAAAAAAAACUACAACUUUAUCAGUAAGGUCUGAACCACAGCUUCGAAGUUACAACUUUCCAUUACCUGAAUUCGAGAAUGUUAAUUGUGAACAUAGUAACUAUAGUAGCUACUGCCAAACUGUAUCAAGGGUAGAUGAUAUCAGGCCAAUAGGCCUUAACGACUAUCGAGCAGGCAGUCUUCGUAAUCAUCCAAAUCAUAGAAGAUAUCGACCCAUGCCAAAUAACAAUUCUUUACCUGAUAUGGUGAAUGAUGCUAUGGCUUUGGACCAUUCAAAGAAUUACACCCAAAGUAGUUCGGAUGAAGAGAGAAUUCAACAUACGGCAAUAAUUCCAAAACAAAAUAAUUAUGCUAGAAACAUUUCCGAAAGUCCUUCUGGAAAUGAGUACGAAACUGAUAGCUUGGAAAGGAAUUCUAAUCAAAAGAGAAUGACGACACCUAUCGAGUAUUCUGACGUGCCUUCGUCUCAAGCCAGUCCAAGUUUAAGCAAUGCUUUACCUUUGGACGAAGAACUGACUAUGAGGAAUGCCGUGUAUAAAACUCACUCUAGCAGCAACAGCAAUACUCCAUCGCCACAACGUGAAAUUCAUAUAGAUCAAAACCAUUAUGAAACAAUAGGGAGGCCGGUCAAUUCUAAGACAAAGCCUACUAUGGCGAAUCAGAAGAAUGAUUACAGCUUAGUGAGCGAAGUCUACGUCAAUAACAAUUACAACUUUGGCAGUACACCAACUUCUCCAAGUGGUUCUGAAUGCUCUAUGGGAAGUCGUAAAUUAACGAGAAACAGUUUCAAUGAUGCUGAAGAAAAGCCAGGUUGUUUAACAAUUGAGGUUAAAGAUCCACCAGAAAACUACAUUAAAAUACACGAAUCAGAUGGCUUCGAACCAGACACUUUAGAUAGAAAACAUCCUAAGCACAAAGAAAUAUUAGAAAACGUUAAAUUCAGUAGAAUGGACUUCGCAAACAAUUUAAGCAAUGAAGUGAAGCCGCCCAGCCAAAGAAUUCAACUCCGAAGUAGCGGAACAUUUUCAAAAACCAACAAUAAAGUUGAAUAUGCAUCCAAAUUUAACAGUCUGCGAAAUGAUUAUGAGAUUCGUAAGAAUACAUACGAGCGACCGAAAAUAUCUCCAACGACAUUCAAUGAAAGUAAAGGUAGCGAUGUGAUUGAUAUCACAUGGGAGAACGAAACAGAAACGGAAUUGUGGACUACAGAAGAAGGAAGGAUUCUAACAUUAGAGCUCAGGCAUUCUAAAAGACAACGGCAAAGUACACCGCCGACGAUCAAGCAGUUAAAAAAUUUAGCGCGACCUGAUAUCCUCCCACCUUUACCGCCCACCGAAGAUGGCCCAAUAUACGAACAGCCUAUCGUACCACCUCGGAAAGUAGAAAACGACAGAAUAACACAUACAAAAAACUUGAGUGGCAGAAGCCUCAGUCCGAGGACGUUUCACAAAUCUAUGACAGUUGAAUCUAUUUCGAGUAAUAAUUCAAUACACCGUGAACCGCAAUGUGGACCAAGCAGUCCAUUGAGAGCUUCUGGCCAGUUAAUGUCCUCGGAGUACGAUAACGUAGAUCUGAACACACUUCACAAAACAGGAUUCGUUUGCCGUACCUCUAAUAAACGACCUUCUGGGAGGAAUGCAAGUAUAAACACGAAUACUUUUGUAAGAAGCAGUAAAGAUGACAAUCACAAUAAACCUCGUUUUCGGCGAAAGAAAGGUCCAAACGUAGAAGAUUCUGGUUACUUGAGUAGUGAUUCGACGAGUUCUAGGCAAAUUCAGAGAAAAGUUGUGAUCGCUAAAAUUAUGAGCUGUAGUGAAAGUGAUGAUACUGAAAAUGAAGCUAGGAGUGAAUCUGGUGCUGAAAGUAUUGAGACUCAUUCUGUUUAUUUCGGAAGUUUUAGGAAACACCAAAUGAGUGUUGAUAGCCAAAGCGGUGUUAGCAAUAAAAGUGUGAGAGACAGUACUUGUAGUAGUAGGAACUCAAAACAUUCUAAAGACUGCUUAUAGUUAUGUAUCGUGAAUAAAUUUUGUGCAAUAGUGCUUAUGAACAGUGUGCAAUAGCGUGUGCAAUAUGCAAUAAAUAGUGUUAAUGAUAGUACAUAAAAAUAAUGUAUUAAAUAAUUUUUUAGCUUUUAAUAUUUUGAAGAUUUUAUUUCUUUUUUGUGACUUAGAUAAAUGCAUUAUAGAGGUUUCAUGGAAACCGUUUAACGUGUACUCAUAUAAAACGCAAUAAGCUUGUUUGAACAGAAAUAGAUAAUUAAAAACCUAAUUUUUAAGUUAGUAACUUUUGAACCUCUGCAAUAAUAAUGUAAUUUUAUAGUAAAGGCCGGUUGUGCAAUGCAAUAAUAGUUUAAUUAGAAUUAAUCGUUAAACGAAUCUAUUUUUAAUUAUACAUUACUAUUUAUUUCAGAAUGCUUUCAAAGAAAGACUUCUAUUGUAGCUAAUUAAAUUAACUUAAUUUUUGUAAUUAUUAUCUUGAGAGGAGACAAGACUAUGAGGUCCUAUUUAUAAGUACUAGCAUAAUCAUUAUUAACAAUAAUUUCUGUCAAAAUAAUUUGUUCUGUAUGAAAUCUUUAAACCUAAUCCACUAUAGUAACAGGUAUGGCAGAUGAUUGGCAAUAUUAUAUUAUGUAAAAAAAUAUUCCUUCUUUUUCAGAGAAUCCUAAAAACUUUGAACAUUUGAAUGAAAAAUUAUUUCGCAAUUGAUUUCUGUAAACGUAGUUUUAUUCUACAGAAUGUUUAUUUUAAAAUGUCCUUAUUUAGUUCCUGAAAAAUUUCAGGAGUAUUUUCUAGUUCUAAACACUUUAUCGCCCAUAAUAAGACCCAGGUGCUAGUUUAAAUUAAAAUAAUUUAUUUUAGAUUAAUACUUUUUUCUAUGAUUUUGUAAAUAAAUGUUGACGAGUCAGGCAGCAAAAUUUGGCUUCCUAGUACCUGACACGCAAUCGUGCUCCGGGGAGGCUAAAUAAUUAAAUUAUUGAAAUCCUCUCUGUUUGUAGAGCGCAUUGGUUACGGUAAUGGCUUAUGACUUUCGUUGGGAACAAGCAAUCUUAAUGAUAUUGGAUAAAAAAAAGUAAAAUUUUGUCAAAACUUUUUACGCAAUAAUUUCUUUAGUUGCUUCUAUGCCUUUAUGAACUUCAUGGCGCACGUCGCACCUUGGUAAGGCUAAAUGUCAGCAUGGUCAGUAACCAACCAACCAACUUUUUUCGGUAAAAAAGUUUCGAAUGUUGUCUUCAUCAGAAUCAGAAUUACAAUAAACUAUGACUAAAAAUCGCUCUAAAAGUACUCGAAAUAGAUUCACCAGUCAAUUUUAAGUUUGGUUGUUAUACCACGGCAAUGCAAUGGUGUUUUAUUCCAAGUAGUUAACAUUCAAGCUACUAAAUUAUAACAAUAAAUCACCGCGUUUGGGCCAAGUAUUU